AUGGUGUCGGUGGGUCGGUGCUCUCGAAGUCCCUUCACGAAUCAUGAGUGGAUGCGUGUCAUUUUUUCUUGGGAUAGUGACAAUAAGCGUGGCUUGGAUAUACUCAGAGUAUCUGGAGCACCGGAAAAAUUCCUCAUCCAAACCGAUCGUAAAUUUCCCCGUCAAAAUAUUGUACAUUUCAGUGGCAGAAAUCCUGAUAUAAAUUUGGUCGAGUUGGGAAAGGAGACAGUCAAAGAAGAUGACAGAGCUGUUCUAUUGGAAGGAGGUGCUCUUCAGUCGGCAUCUCCUAAAGUUAGAAAUUCAUCUGCAACAUCACACAUUGUCAGGUUCCUUACGUUGGACGAGUCAUUCCUACUUGAGAAUCGGUUGACUUUGAGGGCCAUAUCAGAAUUUGGUGCCCUUUUGAUCUACUUCUACAUAUGUGAUCGCACAAAUCUUCUUGGUGAAUCGAAAAAGAGUUACAAUCGGGAUCUCUUUUUGUUUCUAUACUUCCUUCUCAUCAUAGUUUCGGCAAUUACUUCUUUCAAGAUACAUAAUGACAAGUCGCCAUUCUCUGGGAAGACGAUAAUGUAUUUAAAUAGGCAUCAAACUGAGGAGUGGAAAGGAUGGAUGCAGGUCUUAUUUCUUAUGUAUCAUUACUUUGCUGCAACCGAAAUCUAUAAUGCCAUUCGAGUUUUUAUUGCUGCAUAUGUGUGGAUGACUGGCUUUGGAAACUUCUCAUAUUAUUACAUCCGCAAGGAUUUCAGCCUUGCUAGGUUUAUUCAGAUGAUGUGGCGGCUUAAUUUCUUGGUGUUUUUUUGCUGCGUUGUGCUUAAUAACAGUUACAUGUUAUACUACAUAUGCCCCAUGCACACGCUUUUCACUCUCAUGGUUUACGGGGCCCUUGGCAUUUACAACAAGUACAACGAGCAGGGGGCUGUCAUUGCUGGCAAAAUCAUAGCCUGCUUCUUGGUGGUCAUUUUGAUUUGGGAGGUGCCUGGGAUGUUUGAACUGUUGUGGAGUCCAUUCUCUUUCUUGCUUGGCUAUGCAGAUCCUUCAAAAGCAAAACAGCCCCCCUUGCAUGAGUGGCAUUUCCGCUCAGGCCUUGAUCGAUACAUAUGGAUAAUUGGGAUGAUAUAUGCGUACUAUCAUCCAACGGUAGAGAGAUGGAUGGAGAAACUGGAGGAAGCUGAACCAAAACGUAGGAUAUCAAUCAAAAUGAUUGUUGUGAUAAUUUCAUUAACGAUUGGAUAUCUAUGGCUGGAGUAUAUAUACAAGCUUCCAAAAAUUACAUACAAUAAAUAUCAUCCUUAUACAUCAUGGAUUCCCAUUACUGUAUACAUAAGCUUGCGAAAUGUCACCCAGCAUUUCCGUAGCUACACGUUGACACUUUUUGCAUGGCUUGGAAAGAUCACUUUGGAAACUUAUAUCUCGCAGAUCCACAUAUGGUUAAGGUCUGGUGUGCCAGAUGGUCAGCCCAAACUGUUACUUUCUUUGAUUCCGAAUUACCCUUUGUUAAACUUCAUGCUCACUACGUCAAUAUAUGUCGCGGUGUCUUACCGCCUUUUUGAACUUACAAAUAAGUUAAAAUCCACAUUUUUGCCAACAAAAGACAAUAAACGCCUUGGCCACAACUUGGUCGCUGCAGUGGUGAUAGCAAGCAUUUUAUACACAUUAUCUUUUGUCCUAUUAAGAGUACCUCAAAUGCUAGUGUGAAAAUUCGAUGUGUAGAGGAAAGGACAAGACCUCCAUGAAGCAUCGUGGAAGAUGGAUCAUCAAAUUGAGCUAAGUUACGAACUGUGGAUUGGUUACAAUAAUAGCAUAGAAAUUUGUAUAGAAAACGUCUCGUAAUUAAAUUUGAUCUUUUUCACUUAAUAUGUCAUCGACUAUUGGAUCACGAGCAUGAUCGAGGAGUGUUUGUUCACUAUUUUUAUACCAGUUUAGUGAUUGUUGUUCAUUAAUUUUAUACCCUUAUAUUCAAGAGGUUACUUGUUCUUUCGAAA